AUGGUAGAGUGUACCAAAGAGAGACCAAAUAAAGCUAAUACAGAAAAGAUAGUAGAGUGUACUAAAGAGAGAGCAAAUGAAGCAAAGGGGAAAGGAAAGGAGACAGCAAAUGAAGCAAAAGAAGAAGCAAAGGGGAAAGGGAAGGAGACAGCAAAUGAAGCAAAAGAGACAGCAAAUGCAGUAAAGGAGAGGACACCUAAAAUGUCUGAACCAACCAGGCUAUCUGUGCAACAAGAAUUGGAGCGAACUGAUUUUCUUCAACAGACGGGAGAGAAAGUGGUGAACAUAGCGCAGAGCGCUGUGGACAGCGUAAAGAGCAAACUCGGAAUUGGUGGUGAAAGGAACAAGUGA